AUGGGUCUCCUACCUCUUACCUACCGCCGACCGGUAUACGUCAACAGCACCAGCUCAGCCCGCGGGAGCACCUCUGACGUAUCCGAGAGUGGCGAUGAAAAACAGAGCAACACUUCCUCCUCCCUUCGCUCCGGCAAGUCUGGCAAGCUGCAGGGUAUCCCGGAGUCGCUCACUUUCGACAAGAUCAUCAACGGUGGCACCUGCCCUCCCUGCACCGUGCGUGACUUCAUGAACUACUUGAUUUACAUCGAGCACGCAGCCGAAAACCUCCAAUUCUUCCUAUGGCAACGGGAUUUCCAGAAGCGGUUCGGGGAAACAAAGUCGUCUGACCUGUCUCUCGCCCCUGAGUGGACCGAAGCCAUGGAGGCCGACCUGCUCCAGCGCAUGAACAAGGAAAAGUCGCAGAGGAUGCGCAAGAAGCCUGGCCAGGAGAUUUUCAAGGGAACCGACUUUGAUAAGAAGGGUGCCGCUGCCGCCAUCGUGAACGACUCUACCAACCCUUUCCACACCCCUCCGCGCACCCCGAACGACUAUGAAGGCUCUGUUUUCACGGGGUCCCAAGGCGCAUCGAAUGCUGAGUCGUACCGCUCGCAGGCCAGUGAUGCGUUUGCGGCCGUCGGCGCCAAGCAGCCAUUCACCAUUCAGCCGUUCCGUGAAGAGAUUGACCGUGUCGUCGCCACGUACAUUAUGGAGGGCGCGCCACGACAGCUCAACCUCUCGGCCAAAGAACGCGACGCUACUCUCCAUGCCCUCGCCUACACGACCCAUCCCUCUGCCUGCCGCUUGGCCAUCAAAGUCAUUGAGAACUCGCUUCGCCAGCAGGCCCACCCCAACUUCAUCCGUUGGUCCAUCUGCAACGGCAACCCUGCUCGUGUCUUCUUCGCCCGGGCUCUCGGUGUUGGCCUCAUCGCCAUUGCCUUUAUCGUCGCCAUCUUGAUCACUCUCAGUCGUGCAGGCCGCGGAUGGCGAGCACUGGCUGCUAUUGGAUGGGUGCUGGGCAUCUCUACCUUGGUUGCGGCCUACAAGGGUAUGUGCGUUGUCCUACACGGCAUGCACCAUCGCCACGUUCGUCCCUGGGAGCUCUUCGUGGACGAGGAGAAUGACGACCGCAAGACCUCCUUCGACACGUUUGGGUCCAACAACAGCUAUGAAUCGGAGCCUUGGGUUAUCAAAUACGAGAAGCGCAACAUUGUCCGCAAGGUCUUUGACCGUGAGAUAUGGAUCGAGGAACCUGCCCUGCGCACCAUCCAGGACACCAUCUUUCUCCAAGCUAUGCUCUGCGCCGUCCUCGUUGGUGGGAUUUUCACCGCCAUUUUCGUUGCCAUUCCACAGCGUGGUUAUUUCUAA